AGCCGGCGUGGCAGGAGAAGAGAGCUCGGGGAUUCAUUUUGGGCCUAAGCGGAGCCUGGGACCGCAGCGAUACACACCCAAAAGACGCAGGCAGGCGUCGGACACACCUGCAGUGUACUGCAGGUGUCGGUGUCAGGUAAUUGGAGCCAGACGGACAGACGUGCAGGCACCUGGAAAGGGACCGCAGCCAGAUCAGUGCUUCCAGUUUACGGUAUCAAGCUUCAGCCGUGCCCCUGGAAGAAGCAUUGAAAACGGAGAUUGGAGAGCGUGCAAACCUGUUGGAUUCAUUUUCCUGCGGAUUGUCUAACUGUUUUCCCCGCCCUGAAGGAGAAUCGGCCAACAGAAGCUGGGCUGUUUGGCUCCUCUGGUGAUUUCAGUCAGAAGUGCAGCCAUGGCACAGAAAGUCCCGUGGGAAUCUUCCGACUCAUAGGCAGUUAUAUAAACGGGCGUCUGUUUAGGGAAUGAUCCUGCCACAGACAGAAGCAGGGGAGUCAUAAUCUCCUCAGGGGAGGCUGUCUGGUUCUGCUCCUCAUGGGAUGGUGACGUUUCUUGUUUUUAUGACGUGGAUCUGUGUUAAAGCCUCUGUCUUUUUAACUGCUAACAGGUUUUUGCACUUUUCGCCUGCUUGCUGAAAGGGGUGAACCUUGCCAUUCUCAUCCCACUGUCAAUCAAGCCGUUAUUUUCUGUCCCCAAAUCUGAUACGUUAAUGACAGUUCAAAAUUAUGAUCGGCUUCAAGGAAAGAAACAUCCCACAGGCCUACUGUGCAGCCAGGCCUGUGUAAUCGGCCCUCGGACACCACAUCUGACAUCACUGUCUCUGGAUUGUUGGAGAAGCGUGCAGGAGAGAGGACCGUUUCUCUUGGAGGGAUCCUUGUGUUCUUCUGUGCACUGGAAGCUUUUUGGCCAGAUUGUUUUUCAAAACAGUUUACAGAAAACGAGUGACUUUUUUUAAGACAAAGGAGAAGCAGAAAGACCUGACCUCGUCUUGGCCCUUUGUUCACCUGUAUUCACUGAAAAGCACAGAGGGAACUUCCCUAAUGCAGGCGGCCACUGACUCAGUGACGGUAACAUAGCCUUAGUUCAGUCUCAGACAGGAACAGAAACCCUAUCUCUCCCCCAUCACUCUCUAUCUCACUGCCACAUUCUCCCUCUCUUUCCCUGCUCUGUAUGAGUCUGCAGGCUCGGACCUGUCAGCCCUCAACACAUGUCCUUUCACAUGCAUUUCGCUGAAACGUUACCUGUGUGUAGGCCAACACUAGUAAGUUAGGACCUGUACGAUACAAUGCCAAUCCCUCUGAGGACUUCACAGUCUGAAACCAAAACUCAAGUUUGAUACACCUCCAAAUACCACCUUCUCCAUCUUGCAGAAAAUCUACAGUAGAGACAAAUAUACCCACUUCUACCUCUUCUUCGUAUGUAUUUUUGAACAUCUUUUAUAAACCAAAUCAUUCUGAGACAGAAGUAUCUCAAUCACAGGUCAGGUGCCCUUGCAGCUUUAAGGCAGAGUGACUGACAGAUGUGGCUUUCGUCAGAAAUUCACCUUCAAUCAGUGAAUUUGCACUAAUUGUGAUGUUUAUGGAUUAUUACAACCUUUUUCUAAUUAUUGUCUCAUUUUUACAUAGCAAAAUUCGAAUCUACAAAAGAUUGGAAGACGAUGCAUUUUUUACCAUUGUGAUCAGGCAGGUUGUGGAGCCAAUGUUUUUACAGGGUAAACACACAUGAGAAGAACAUUUAUUAAUAGUGUAACACCAAAUUAAACUUUCACUGCCAUUCAUCACCAUCCAGUUAUUUUUUCCAAAACUCUCAAAGAAUUUUAGAAUCGGAAAACUUCAAUUAAGAUUGUAUAGAUUUUUUCCAAAAACUGCGCUAAUUUAUGUCCUGUAUUACACCAAAUACAUUUUACCUAAGCCAUAUUGUUCAUUUUAGUGCUUACAUGAAACUGCACCUAUCUUGCUAUCACUUUUUAGUAUAAAUGACCAUUUUUUCAGUCGGUUGUUUCACUUUAAAUCUCACACACACACAUCAGGCACGUGUUUGUGCUUCACUCAGAGGUGAUGUGAGGUUCAGUCACCACAUCAGUCCCUACUUCCUCAGUUUUUCUUGGAAGUAAUAUAACCUGCAUCAACAGAAAAUUCCAAGGUUGAACUUCUGGGUAUCCUCUUUUCCAUCUGUGACCCAGUCCCCCUGUCUGUUCUCUGCUAAUAGCUGCUACCUGGGGUCUUAGCACUGCCUCUCUUUCUGAUAUUAGAGCCCCACUUUGACAUUUUCUUGUUUGUAUCAGAUAGUAAACAAAGCUGUGUGAUUUUUUGGCACUCUGUUCUUACACCCAUUCUAACGGCCCGGCCUACACGUCUCCCUCUGCACUGUAUGCAUACGUGCACAUAAACAUCUCCCCCUCACCCAGCGCUGAAGGUCAAAGUUCAAAGCUCAGAUUUCCAGGACCGUGCAAGACCCCUUAAAGGAAUAGGAGUCGCUACACUUCCUGUCACGUAGUUGGGCUUUAGGAAGCUUCUCUAUCCAUCUGUUAACCGCCCCCACCCCCCCCCAGUAUGUCGACCCUUGGGUCCUGGCUCCACCCGGUAAGGCUGAGAGUGCUCGGCCCCCUCUCUUUCUGACCCUCCUCUUCCUCUCUCAUUGCCUCUAAUCCCCACUAAAAAUCCCUCAUCCCAUCUCCCCCUCAUCCCUCAAUUCCCCUUCUCUAAUCACCCCAAUCCCUGAGCCCUGGGCCUGUCCUGUCUGUGAUGCCGGGUGUCAGUAAGAGUGGGGGUGUCGGCGGCCCCACUUCCUCGCCACCCUCUUCCUCCUCCCGACCGCUGCGGCCCAGCCGCUACGUGCCUGUCUCCGCAGCAACCGCGUUCCUGGUGGGCUCCACGACACUCUUCUUCUGCUUCACGUGUCCGUGGUUAUCAGAGCAGUUUUCCAUCGCCAUCCCGGUGUACAACGGCGUGGUCUUCCUCUUUGUCCUUGCCAAUUUCUGCAUGGCAACAUUUAUGGACCCAGGGAUCUUCCCCCGAGCGGAGGAGGAUGAGGAUAAGGAGGAUGAUUUCCGCGCUCCGCUCUAUAAGACGGUGGAGAUCCGCGGCAUCCAGGUGCGGAUGAAGUGGUGCUCCACCUGCCGCUUCUACAGACCCCCGCGCUGUUCACACUGCUCCGUCUGCGACAACUGUGUGGAGGACUUUGACCACCACUGCCCCUGGGUGAAUAACUGCAUCGGCAGGCGCAACUACCGCUACUUCUUCCUGUUCCUGCUGUCGCUGACGGCCCACAUCAUGGGCGUGUUCGGCUUCGGCCUGCUUUUCAUCCUGUACCACACACAGCAGCUGGACCGAGUGCACUCCGCCGUCACCAUGGCUGUGAUGUGUGUUGCUGGCCUUUUCUUCAUCCCAGUAGCUGGCCUUACUGGUUUCCACAUCGUACUGGUAGCCCGCGGCAGGACCACUAAUGAACAGGUGACGGGGAAGUUCAGAGGGGGGGUGAACCCCUUCACUAACGGCUGCUGGAGGAACGUUUCACACGUGCUCUGCAGCUCCCAGGCCCCCAGGUACCUGGGGCGGUUGAAGAAGGCGCAGACAGUUGUGGUCCAGCCACCCUUCCUCAGACCACAGAUCUCUGAUGCCCAGCUCGCAGCCAAAGUGCUGGACAACGGUAUCCAGGGUGACCUGCACAGAUCCAAAAGCAGUCUGGAGAUGAUGGAGAGCCAGUCAGCUGAUGCAGAGCCCCCUCCCCCACCCAAACCGGAGCUCAGAUACCCUGGCCUGUCCCGGGGCCCCCUGUCUGCAGGACACACAGAGGAGAGCAGCCUGCUCAGCAAAGCCCCGCCCACUCCCACCAUGUAUAAAUACAGACCUGCCUACAGCAGCCCGGGAAAGAACCACACAGCCAUGACCCACUCCAACAAGAUGAGUCGGGGGGACAGUCUGAAGGAGUCCCCGUCCCUCCUGCAGUCCAGCCAGCAGCCCGGCUUCCGCUCCGAGCCCAGCCUGGACGGGAGGGAGGGCGAGCGGGAGAGGGGGGGCGGGGGCGUGGGCAGGGCCGGGGGAGGCGGGGGGGUCGGCGGGGCACCCAGCUCUGGGAUCCCUGGCUACUCCCUGGGGGGGCGCUCUUACCCUUCCUUUUCUGACCCCACGGUGCUGUCAGGGGGGGCCUCGCGCUCCUCCAGUGUGCGCUCCGCCCACACGGCCCACAAUGCACCAGGCAUGAUGCACUCGGAGGGCACCACCUCCACCAGCUACAAGAGCCUGGCCAAUCAGACACCCCGCAAUGGGAGCCUGUCCUACGACAGCCUGCUGACCCCCUCAGAGGGCCAGGAGUUCGAGUCUGCGGCCCCUGACCUACCCCCCCCUCACCCCCCUCCUUCGGCGCCCCCUGCGGUGCUGGGCUACAGCUCUCCCUUCCUGUCUGCGCAGAUCGCCCAUCAGCGCGAGGCCGCCGCCCUGCUGUCCUCCCCCCACAAAGCUUACCUGCGCAGCGCCAGCCCCGCGCCCCCUCCCGAGAGGGAGCACCUGCUGCAGCACCACCCCCGCCCCCCCCGCUUCUCCCGGCCGCCCCUCCUGUCCGACUCGCACCCGUAUGCGUACCGCGCACGCUCCCUGGGCGCGCCGGACGCCCCACAGUCCACCCCGCCCCCCGGCUCCCCGCACCACCCGCCCCCCCUGGGGAAGUCGCUGUCGUACUCCAGCGCGGCAGCGGCUGAGAUGCAGUACCGCAUGGUGCGUAAGGCCUCUGCGGGGGGCGGCGGGGGGAUCCAGGCCCCAAAGGACGAGAUUCAGAUGAAGUCCUACAGCCGGUCGAACGGGCAGGCCAAACCAACUCCCUCCUCUCCAUCUCAUCCCCCCUCCUGCCCCUCCUCCCCCUCCAACCCAGCCAGCCUCACCACUCGCCCGGGCCCGGCCAAUCAUAGCGCUCCCUCUUCACAAAGCCCUGCCCACAAGCCAGGGGGUGGGGUGAAGAAGGUGACAGGAGUCGGAGGGACCACUUACGAGAUCUCAGUCUGAGUGACAGGCGGCCGUUUCGACCAACAGGGAUCAAAAAUUGGUUCCAGCCCCUUCCCACUCUCGUAUUUGGAGCCUUGCUAUUGGGGGAGGCAUGUUACAAGAGGACCCUUUAAAGGACAACAUAUGAAGAGCCUUUUGUGGUGUUCAUUCCUCACCUCCUCUAAAAGUGAUGGACUCGAUCUUUGCUUCAACCACAGCACAGAGAGGGAAAUUACAGAGUGAAGGACAAUGGGGUGGUCUGUAGACUGUUGUGGAAAGUGUAUAACCCCAAAGAUGACACGCGUCACGUUUCAUGCAAUCAGUGUUGUUUUUUCCAGGGGAAAAAUGUAGAAGAAUUAUUGCAAAGUGGGUUUAGAAAGCCAGUGACACACCUCAAGGGGUCAGGAUUGUGAUUGUUGGCAAAUGGCUGGAAAGGACAGUUCUCAAGCCAGCCAAUGACCAAGACAGACACAGACAUUUGGGGUGUCACUGUACAAAUGUGACUGGAAAAAAAACCACAAUGCUUUUAAAAACUUAAGUGUCAGAAGGGUCAUAAUUUGUACAAAAGCAGGAGGACUGGAUUUGGGUUUACGCCAACAGGGGCUUCAGGUGGAACCUAAGGGAACAUAAGAGGCUUUAGCUACAUGACCAUUGUGAUUGGUCAGAGACCACUGUUGCCAAUCAAUCCCAGAAGCCAGCAAACAAGGCUUAACGGAAGAGUAACGGACUCCCAGGUGUUGGGAUGGUGGAUCGUUCGGUCUUUACUGACACAGGCAGCAGCCUAAUUUUGGACUGGAUUGAAGAGUGAUGGCCUUGGGAUUUGAGGAAAUGUUUUAUGUUUUAAAAUGUUUUAUUUGAUUUGUUAAUUUUAAAAAUCUUUGUUUAUAUGAAUUUAUAUAAAGCUGUUGACACAAUCCUCAAGAUUUUAAAGAGGGCCAAUGGCAGUCUUGGAUGAUAGGAUGUAAAACUAUUUAAAAACGGUUGCUUUGUUCAUUUUUAUUCAUGGCUGCAGCUGCAAGUCAGAGACUCCGAUGGGAUGUCAGCCAUCCGACUGGCAGCUCCCUUGGCCAGGGCUAAUCGGACUACACUGCAGAAAACCAAACGCCUCAUUAAAACACUAUCAAAACAUACAAUCAGUUCUUGUGGAGUACAAUUCUGAAAUGUUCAUGAGAAUGUGGAAUGCCAGGUGUCUGUUGUAGUUUUAAAGGACUGUGGACUUUUGAAUUUUUCCAGUAUGUCAGUCAUCAGUCAGGAGCCAGCCCUCCCUCCGGUAGCCUUUGACAAUAUAGCUGGCCAAUCAGGAAAUGGAGUGAGCAGCAUGUGAUUGUGGUUGGCUGAGCAGAGAACCAUAUCUGCCGCCUCCCACAGUGUAGUCCCUAGAGAAGUCAAAUGGGACUUUUUCAGAAUUUCAAACACGAAUUUCAAACUUGUUCCACAUGUUUCUCGUGGCUAAUUCAAGCCCAUAUAGGGAAUAUUUUGUGAGGCUCUGUUGGAUUAUAAAGACAAUUUCACCAAUCGGGAUUAGAGAACAGAGCUUUUAAUGAAUGCAUAGCAGCACACUGCCCAGUGUAAGGGCUGGGAUGUGACAGACAGCCAACCCAACCAUACAAUGAUCUAGCAGCAAGCGUAGGGAGAGGGAAGGCAAGGCCUGGAACAUAGGUGUUUUUAAAAAUGUACUGUAUAGCUCUGCGUGGGUGAGUGUGUGUAUGUGCGCGUGUGUGGCUGAGCAUUGAUAAUAAACCCUUGAUAAAAUGCAUUGGCAUCCUUCUGAGUUUGAGUCUCUCUUCUACAGGAGGCAGUAGGAGGGGCGGGGGCAAAGGUCGCGGAAGUUUGAGGACUGUAGUUAGCAGUGACCACAGUGACAGUCACGGCCUUGUGGGUUACAUCUGCAUACUUUAUUUGCAUGGUCAGACUUUCAGAAUGUCAUCAUAAACAUCAGAUCCCACUGCAGUGAGUGUCUUUCAGCAGAAUAACACAAAUCCCGCGGGCCUCUCCGCUGGAAUGCAAACGGGAAAAAACGGGAAUGCAGCAGAACGUGCAGCACGCUCGGCGCUGGCUGGCUGCAGGUUGCCAUGGCUACUUCACACACUGGAUGAGGAGAGAAUGGGUGCGGGCACGGGCCUUCAGCCCGGACUGACAACGGACUGGUUGGGCUCUCGAGUUGCUCAGUGCAGACUGAGCUCUACGGCCUGGCUUCGUUCCCGGCCAUCAACCAACGAUGACCAGGAGCAAAAUGGCUUUGUAGUAGAGAGAGGUUCUGGCUGGUCAUUCAGCAGCGUUCCUGAGGUCACUCAGGCCAUGAUGUUGCCCCUG